GCGGUGAAGGGAGUGCAGAAUACUAUGCUUAUAGAGCAAGAGAGAGACGAGGUGCAACGCGGUGACUGAAAGCGCUAUGUACAAAUGUAUAUACAUCUGUAAGUUCGCGCGUCGCGCAGAGUUUGAAAUAAGAAGAGGCUGCAUGGAUGGCUGGCUGCGUGGAUGAGGGCAGGAGAUUUGAAAAUGUAGUACGGCGUACAGCGUACAGCGCACGGCGGACAACGACAAGAACAACACACGAUGGAUCGAUGGAUGGAUGGAAGGUUGAAAGUAGGUACAUAUACAUACUUAUAUAUGGCGUGCUGGCGUUGGUUUGGCGAACAAAUGAUGGCAAAUGGCGAUGUCGCUGAUGACGUUGGCGUAGGCGUUGACGUUUGUGCUGACUGCAGCUACCACAACGCAGCAAAUGCAAAAACAAAAAUCCCAACAAAAUAACACACGAAACAAAUGAGUCGAACGAACGAACAGCGUUGCUGUACGGCCACGGCACCUACAAAGAGGGCGCUAGGAGCGGCAUGAAUGCGCACAGCGACGAGUAUAUACCUGUGUUUGUAUGUAAGUAUGUCUGUCUGUUUGUAUGUUGGCGCGCUCGGACGAUGACGAGUUUUUGUGCUUAGAGCGCGCACCAUGUUGGCGGCGGCAUUAAGUUGGAACGGGCUGUGAAGUAGACAACAACAACAACAGCAGUGGACAACAGCACACACGAGCUAUGUAAGUGUAUUAACGAUGCGUUGGAAUAUGGCAGGCGAAAAGCGAAAAAAACAACAACAAAUAAAAGAAAUAAAAAGAAAAAAUACAGAGCGAAAAGGAAAAAAACCAACAGCAGUUACGGCUGCUAAAAAUAACACGCACAUUACGCCAAGCAACGCAACAGAGCAGAUAUGAAGGAAGAGGUGGGGGCACUGGUGCACGCGCCGCAUCGUCCAGGCAGUGAGUGGAAAAUUUUGUUAACGCAGCCAAUAGAGAUGGCCUUGAAGUUCACUGAGCGGAACUCGAAGGCAGUUAUGCGCGACACGAGCGCAUAGUGGAAAGGAUAUUAUUGCAGUCGUCUAGCGCUCAAUAUUGUUUAUGUAAUUUAAAUUGAAUACGAAAUUACAGUACGCUUGCGCAGGCGGCGCGUGAGUCCUUUCGAUUAAGAAUAAGAGAAACGCAGAUAAUUUGCGAUCAACAGAAGAUCGACAAUUGAAGCGCUCUGCGAGAAAUGCCACGAAAAACUACCGCUUAGCAAAUAUCAGCCUACAAUCUGGCGCCCACUCCUUCCCCUUCACCCUUUCCAGAGCGGUAACUAAGCGCACUUUUAACACCAAUUGGAUUUCGAUUUCUGCAACAAUAGUUCGGUCAAAUAAACGCUGACUGGUACGCUAUACCGACAUGCGGUCGUCGUGUUAACCAUAGCGCGCCAUUGGAACCGCACAUGCAGCGGACAACAGCAAUGUUGCUUGUCAUUCGCUGAUGUGGACGACGACGACGAUGAUGAGCUGCGGUUCGUUAUAUGCGCGCCAGCAAGUGAAGGAGACAAUAACAAAGCAACAGCAACAAACAACCACAGUAGCAACAAUAGCAACAGCAAAGGCGACAGACAUCGUGAAAAACUCCAUUGCUUAGCUGAGUGUGUGUCGCGAAUCGGCGCACUGCCUGACGUGCUUGACCAAACAUAUCACUGCACAUACCGUCGGUCGGUGGCAACAACACACAGCGCGCAGUAGUAGCAGUAGCAACGGCAGCCAGUCACAGUUAAAGCCAUUGCCAUUGCCGUCGUCGCAGCAGCAGUAAAAGCAGCUUAGCCUCCUUGUCGGUCCCUGACCGCCUGAAUGCCUGCUUGCCGCUUUGCUCGACGGCCGACUCGGCGACUUUUGUGCAAGACGAUGACUACCGCAACAACAACGACGACCGCGAUGACGAUGUCGACGAAUCCAUUGUAAGUUGAGCCAACAGUCGUUCGUUUGGACGGUCGAUUGGAGGGUCACUUAGUUGGUUGUUUGGCCGGCUGGCUGGUCGCACGGUCGGUUUGUCGGCUAGCUGGCUGGCUGACUCGCAGGCAGUAGCAAGCGAAAGGCGCGCGAAUACGGCAAACCGUAAAACUAAAUGCGCGCAUGUAUGUAUGUUAGCACUCAUACCCAUCAUGGCAAAUGCACAAACGCGCUUCGACUCGGCACUGCCCGGCCGCUAGUGCUGCAUGGAGGGAUGUGUGCUGUGCGCGCUGUUCAGCACUAUUGCGGCGUGGCGAUGUCGGUGGUGGUGUGUGUGACGGUGUAAUGGCUUGGUGUGGCGUGACUUGAUGCGACGCGAAGUGGGGUGACGAUGAGCCGCGCAGAACACAAAAGAGUAGAAAAGUGUAGCGCUAGCACUCUGUGUGUAUGUUGGGGGACGUUUGACGACGACCACGACUGCUGCGACAAUAGCAACAACAACAACAUGCAAGCAAGUAAGCAAAACAACAAACACGACGACCGCUACGAAGCGAAGUUUACGCGACUCGAGCGAAUAAAUGCGAACCAUACACAACUAUAUCUACUCAUAUGUAUGUACAUAUGUAUCUUUGUAUAUGCGCGCUCAUUGUGCGCCAUACACGUCAGCCUUUGGCGGCCAACAGCGGGCGGCACGUGGGGGAAACUCUACAUGCUGACUUUUCAGGCGGCCACAUUCAGUCAGCCAGCCAGCAUACCCCUUGCCUUACCACGCCGCAUCGCUCCACCUCCGUCGCUUAGUUGCGGCUCUGCGAUGUUUUGCCUUUAGCUGGCGCAUAACCAACAGCCACGCAUUAAAGGGAGCGCAGCAUAUUGGCGACGACGAGGAAAAACGUUAGGGGCGCCACAAAGCGCGCACAUCAGCUUUGGUUCGGACGGUCGGUCGGUUGGAUUUGUUGUUAGCUGUGUGUUUAGUGCCUGCCGUAUUGGAUGGGGUCGUCGCCGUCGUCAUCGUCAUUCGUCGCUUGCUAUGCUUUCAGCCGUAGCGGUCGAUCGAAUAAAUGGUUAACGGCGCGUUGUCGCCGUCACUGCAGCGCACGUUGUUGAUGAGCGCACGAGUGUGUAUGCUGGGUUCGUCGAUUGGUUGGGAGUGCGGACGGUCGGUUGGUUGUUGACUGGGUGUGCGAACUGUGUGCGCUUUGUCAUGUAUGUAUAUAUAUUAUGUGUAUUUUGUGGAGGCGGACGCACACAAUAUAUAACGACGCAGUAAAGUUGUCGUGCGCGGAAUUGUUGUUGCACUGCUCGCAACUGUACACCGUCGUACUUUUGUAUGUACACCACAUUAUAGCAGCAAUUACUUUUGCUUGACGUAGGCGCUUGCAUACAUAUACCGCCUGAUUCUUUUAAGAAUUGUGCUUUGGCAACUAGACUUGCUAGCGCUGCCAUUCUAGCGUCUGUAAGUGAGUUUUAGACGGCUUACUACUGAUCACUCAUAGCAAUGCAGUGUGUAAAUGAUACCGUAGCGCCUACAACAUCGCCUUCUUGCAGCAGCAAUAGCUUUCAAUAUCGCCUUCUAGAAGCAACACCAAUCAAACAAUUUUAACUUCUAGCAGCAACAAUGUCAUACGCUGCUCCAGUAACACCAUUAGAGCGAACGUAUCCCCAUCGCUGUCCUAGCCUCACCUGUGCCAUUUGCGAAGGCCGCGUUGCUGCAGCUCGUACGCUCAGUUCAUCAUCAUUAUCAUCAUCAACAUCAUUAUCAUCAACCGCUUAUACGACAGCCUCGGCAAAUUCAUUUCUAUUAGCCGCCGCCGCUGACUGCCACUGACUGACUGUUGACUGCUACAGCCUGUUCUUGUUAUUAUUGUUUUUUAGUUUUUUUUCUCGCCACUACUAUUCCACAAUCGGUAUUUGCCUCCAUUGCUGAACCGCCUUCCACUUUCAGCGUCGCCAUACUAGCGCGCGCUUUUGUUGCUUACUCUGCCGCUAUCAAUGGUACUGUUGUUGCUGCUGCUGCUGCUGCUCCUACAGCCGUUGAUGAUGAUGGUGCUAGUGGUACGUACGUUGUUGUGUUGAUGGCAUUGGCAUGGCGCGGUAGUGUGGUUGUUGCUGGCGGCCGCCUUUUUGUCGUCGUCGUCGUCGUCAUCGGCACUGCCAAGCAUCGUUGUUUGCGCUGUUCUUGCUGGCGUUAUUAUUGUUGUUGCUGCUGCUGUUGUUGUUGUUGUUUUGGCUGCAUGCCUUCUACUGUGUGCGCUGUUGCUGUUUCCGUCGUCGCCGCCGCUGCUUGCUGGUGCGGCUGUUUUAGCUUGCUUCAUUUUUGGUAUUUGCUUUUGUUGUUGUUGUGUGUGUGUGUGUUUUGUUCACAGCGCUGUUUUGCCUGUGUCUCAGCUCUGCUCGUGUCUGUCGAACCGUUGCGCGGUGGUUGUACGUGCGCUCAGCUCAUUCAAGUGUCCAACUUUUGUCGGAGCGGUCGCAUCGGUACGGAUAAAUUCACACAACGUUCAGAGUCCGCUGGCAGUCAGCAAGUGCGGUACACAUAUACAUAUAUAUAUAUAUGUAUGUAUAUAUAUAAACGACAGCGCCUACUAAGCUAUUGUGUGUGUAUACGGUGAAUAUAUACAUUUGUAUAGUGUUGUUGUUAUUUGUGUAUCAUAGAAAUAUAUACGCGCGUAUAUAUUUAUGACAGUGUUAUAAAAAACAGUGUUUCGCCUAUACAUACAUAUGUACAUAUAUGUAUAGUAUAUAUGCAUAUCCCCACAGAUCGUUUGGCGUUAAUAUGCAACUGCAUCUAGACACUAAAUAUAUAUAUGAACGCACAUAUAUAUACACACACUGACAACUGAACGAACGCUAUUGAAAGCGCAACUCAACGCGUUACACUACUGCUGCCGUUGUUGUUGUUGUUGUUAGUGCUUUUGUUAUUGCGCGGCUCUACAGCUGCCUCGUCACAGCGUUUUUGCCUUUACUCAUACACUAUAUAUACAUACAUACGUACAUACGUGAGUUUAUAUGUACGCUUCGCUUGCUUAUAAUCAGCGCUGUGUAGUAGUCGCCCCGCCGCUACCGCUGCCUUUGACGUUGCCGUGGCCAUUGCCAUUGUCCGUCAACUAGUAGUCGCAGCAUUGCCACUGUGUACGCUGUGUCUUGCCACCGUCGGGCAAUCGAUACUCGCUAGCUGUGGUCUGCGUGCCGUGCAAGACCAUCAUCAAAAUCCAACUGUGAGCGGCGAGUGCGCGUUUAUGUGUACAUAAAUACAUAAUAUGUAUAUAUAUAUAGUCACAAACAUAUCUAUUUAUGUGUGUAUGUGUGCUUGUGCGUUGCGUACGCUCGCUAAUAACGUCUAAUUGCAAAUAAUACGCCAAGCAAGUUGUGAAGAAGGUGCGCGGCCAGCAGCAAGUGUACAGACAUAUGCGUAUUACUCGUGUAUACAUAUUUACUACAACACAUUAUCGCUGCGUACGCGUAUCACAACAAUUAACAAUUGAUAAACAACAACAAAAACCAUUAAAGAAGUGAAAAUAAAAAUAUUUUGUCAUUAACCGGUCAAAUCAAAUGCAAACAAAUGAAUUUUAAACCGAUAAAUUUUUCGAUAAACAAAACAAAUGUGUAGUAGUGUUGUUGCUGUUCGGCUGAUGAAAACAAACACAAUGCAAAGUUGCAGCUAAAACAUAAACAUUGAAGUUGCCAAUAGAUAAAUAUGUGAAAUUAAAUAAAAAAUUAAUGAAAAAAAGAAAAAAAAUAAUUAAAGAAUUAAAAAUAUUAAUAAAAAAAACAAUUUUGACUAAAAAACACAAUAUUAAUUAAAAACAAAUAAAAAAUUAUUUAAAAACAAUAAUAAUAACAAAACAACAAAAAUAAAAACAUUAAAAUUAAUUGCGACACAAACACGCACACUUGGAAGCACACAAAAUGAAGACUCCACGCGGCGCUAGCGAGUCAUCCACAACAUCCGACAACACAACCGAAUUCAUUGAUAUCGUUAAGAAGUAUGAUGUUGUUUAUAAUACACACAAUCCUGAUUAUAAAAAUGUCGAAGUGAAAAUGAAGGUUUGGUCGCAGAUUGCCGAGGAGAUUGGCCUGUCAGUUGAUGCAUCGAAACGAAAAUGGAAAAAUCUACGCGACAGUUAUACCAAAUAUUUGCGUUCAUUUCGGAUCGGCACGAAAACAUCAAAGAAAUAUCAGUAUUGGGCACAUGCCGAUCAUAUGGAUUUUCUGAAACCCUAUCAGGGACCCGGCAGCCUUACGGCCAAUGGUCAUUCUUCCAGACAUUCGAACGGCAACUCGAACAGUAGCAACAGUCACAAAACCAAUGAAGAUACCGAGGAUACAGAGUGCGAUUUUGGCUUUCAAGUAUUGACUAAAGCGACAGCUAACAACUCUUCAUCGGAUGAUGAUAUGAAAUUUAAUGCCACAGCAACAAUGCCGACAAGCACAACGGUACAGACACCAGCAGCAGCAGCAGCAGCAGCAGCACCACCACCACCGCCGCCGCCACCGCCAACAUCACAAACAACAGUAGCCACCAUACCACCGGCGGUGUGUAGCACGAUAACAAAUACAACGGUCACAGCUGUGCCAUCGACACACAAUCCACUCCCCGCACAUUUUCCACUCACAGCUAUGGUUUCAGUAGCGGCAGCCUCUGCUGCUUUUUCACCCAACAAUUCGGCUGCAAUUAAUUGCAUUGCACCGAGCAAUAACAAUGCUGCAGCGACAGCCGCCUCCGUUGCAGCGCUUACCAACAAUUGUGGUGGUACACCAGCGGUGACCGCCACAGCCGGUGCACUUGUGUUGCCGGUGCCAUCAUUGCCGACAGUGCAGUUGCCACCGGUACAACCGUUGAACAAACCACUUUUGGGUCCCAUCUCGACUAUGGGUCCAACAAAUAUGCCACCAGCACAGAUAUUCCCCUUGCCACCACUGGCAAAUGUUCCAAAACCAACGGCGUUGAUGCCGGCUAGUAGCGCUGCCAGUAGCGUAGGUUGCCUGAUUAUUGAACCGCAAUUAUUCGCCUCGGCCGACACAUUCAAGAAGGAGCUGAGCGCUCCCACUAUUGGUCUAUUCCAUAACAUAACGUCACCCGCAACGACUACCGCUGCGACGGCACGCAUUAACCCACCGCUGAUAUCGAAGAUACGUCGUGUGCAGCCCUCACCACAAACGGCUGCUAUUAAUCUCAGCUUCAGCGCCACACAACAACAACAAACGACGAAUAAUAACAUCAACAACAGUAAUACGCUUAAUAAUAGCAACAAUAAUAAUUGUGGUCAACCGCCACCGGCUAAAGUACGCAAAACAAGUGAUCGCGCAGAGGUCGAUAUAUCGGCAAUAUUGCAGGCGAAUCGCGACCUGGAUGCCAAUACGUUAUUUUUCCUUAGUCUGGCGCGUAUGGUACGCGCAAUGCCAACCAAAUUCCAAUCGCUUGCGAAAAUGCGUUGCAUGCGUAUUGUCAGCGACAUAGAAUUGGAAUUGGAGAAUGUAAAUGAAUGUGGUGGCAUGCCAUCACAUGAUGAUUCACAUGCUGGCAAAUUUUGUAGCAUAGAUUCAUCGCCCUCACCGCCGGACGGCGCAACCAUUAUACCAAGUAAUCCCGUGACAGACACCGGGCCAACAGAGCACUUUGUUUAUGUGAUGUCGCCAUCGCGUGUGGAGAGCAUGAUUGAUAUUUCAUCCGACGAGGAUGGCACCAUGAAUGGCAAUUAAUUGGGUACAAAUUUAAAUAACUCAAUAAUAAAGUAGUGAAAUGUAAAUAUUUUAUCAAAGAUACUCAGAAUAAAUUUUAAGAUAAUUUUAAAGAA